AACGGCACGCCGUUUCAACAUGUUUGUUUUUCAUUUCUUUCCAAACCUACUGUGUUGGGAAUUCGUGAAAAAAUGAAGCAUUUCUGCUGCUAAUGGAUUUUCUGUCUCCUCGCCUCUAGAAGAGAACUGAGAAGAUUCGGAAAGUCACUGCUCUCAUUCUUUUCAGCUUUCGUGUAAACCCCAGCUGGGUUCCUCAAAUUCAAGCCCUCAAAAAAUAUUGGCAGAAGUUAGCUGGCAUAAAUGGCUUGCAGACGAAGUGUCUCCACGACAGUGAUCUUUGUCACUCGACGUUUCAACCCGUCAUUUAGUCACAUUCUUCAUGAUAACAAUGAGGAUACUAAACCAACUUCACCAAAUUCAAGUUCAACUCCAUCUGUGAUCAAGAGUAUUUUGCCAAGUCCAUACAACUCAAUCACUCGAUUUUGUUUUGGUUCUCAAUGUAGAGAGAGGACAGGCUCAUCACUGGCUUGGAAAAUGGGACUUGGCUCCUUUUCUUGUCGGUAUAUGUCUACUGUAAUUGGUGAUGGGUCUGAUAAGAUUAAUGACACUGGCUAUUUUGCUGAGGUUAUUGCGGAUAAAACAUUGGAAGUAGUAACCUCCCAAGCCCCUGCUGUGAGUGAAGUGGCUGUUGCAGCAGCGGAUUCUUUCCCCCCAGUUGCUGCCCUGCAGUACUUGAUCGAUGGUGUCCAUUCUUUUACUGGAUUGAAUUGGUGGGCAUCAAUAGCUUUAACAACUAUUCUGAUUCGAGGGGCUACAGUUCCACUUCUUAUAGAUCAACUCAGGGCCACUACACAACUUAAUUUAAUGAGGCCGCGCUUAGAGGAGUUAAGACAACAGAUGCAAAAUAUGGCAACAGAUCCAAAUGUUAUGCAAGAGGGUCAGAGACGAAUGAAGGCAUUGUUCAACGAAUAUGGAGUCACUCCGUUUUCUCAAUUGAAAGGACUGUUCAUUCAAGGUCCCAUCUUCGUCUGUUUUUUCUUAGCUAUUAGAAACAUGGCCGAGAAGGUUCCUUCUUUUGAAAGUGGGGGGGCUCUUUGGUUUACUAAUCUCGCUACCCCCGAUAGUCUUCUCAUCCUUCCAGUUCUAACAUCAUUGACAUUUCUGAUUACAGUAGAGUGCAAUAUGCAGGAGGGUCUGGAAGGGAAUCCCAUUGCCCAAACGAUGAAAAACUAUUCCAGAAUCCUUGCUGCCAUUUCAAUUCCUGUGAUGAUGAGUUUCCCUAAGGCGCUGUUCUGUUAUUGGCUGACCUCCAACAUGUUCUCCCUUGCAUAUGGAUUAGUAAUUAGGCGCCCAGAGGUGAAGAGUUACCUUCGCCUUCCAGUAAUUCCCAUGCCACCUCCUACUGCAUCCAAGCCUCAUUCCUUUAUGUCUUCGGCAAUUGAACAAGAUACUACCGUUGAAUCAGAACCUUCGUUAUGCUCAGAGCAAACAAAGGCUGCAGACACAAGAAUAUCACGGACUUCAAUUCUCAAGCAGAGGCUUAGAAUUCUGGAAAAGAAAAUCAAGGAAAAAAAGAAACAAAAUAAGAUGUGAACGCAACAAGUUUAUGGUGCAGCGGAUGAUGAAAAGUUUUCGGUAGACAGGCUAUAAAUCAGUUAACAGAGGAAUGGAAUCCUUUUCGUUAGAACAUGUUCUUAGACAAAUAGUGUUACCCAUUUUUCUACAAUGUGAUUUUAAGCUCAGAAUCUUAUAUCAAAUGAUCCUAAAAUAAAGUUUAGGUGACUGAUAUUGUUAUUAUUGUUAUUGAAUGACUUGACAAUGACAUGGCAUGAUGAAAAGAUAUGAGAGCAUUUUUGCUCGAGUGGUGGUGAGCAUUACCACCGCGGUUAUUAUCUUCAA